CCCCCGCUGACCGACUGACCGACUUGAUAUUGAUCAUCUCUUCUCUUGUUCUUGCUCUCACUCUCGAAUGACGGAUGGAUGCUUGCUCUACUGUCUAUUUUUUACCUCCUUUUCUUUUUGCUUCAUACCACUUGGGUUUUUUUUCUUCUUUCCUGCUUUGCUUUGCUCCGGAUGCAUGUUCACGUUCACGUUUAUCGGAGUUCAGGCUGCUUUUUGCUUCUUCUUCUUCUUCUUCUUCCUGCUUUCCUUUCCUCAAGACCAAGAUCAAGACUGUGUUUGGUUCUGCAAGUUAUACAUACAUCUCCCCUUCUGCGCGUGGCCUGCCUAAUACCUCUUUCUGCCUGUCAGCCUGCUUUUAACUCUUGCUUUGCCGCGUUCACUCUUGCUUUUCCUGCACCGCACAAACUAAUGAUGACUUGACGCUGAGCUGCCCCUGCCUAACUACCCUAACGCACCCAUUACAGUCGGGCAUGUCGGAGGAGGUAUACCGAAUAUCCCUAGAUAUCACAUCUAUCCCCCCACCCCCUUUUAGACCGAUUGUACAUUACUCUCUCCCCUGGGCGGCACUUUUGUCCCUUUUCUGCCUCUUUUUUAUUUCUCUUUCUGAUCUGGCGUUUGCAUAGCGUGGUUUUAUCUUCUUCUUCUUCUUCUUCGUCCUUUCUUUUACGCUCUUCUGGCUGGCUUCUCUUGUCUUCUCUGGAUGUCUCGUUCUUGCUUAGCUGUUGGGCUCAAAAGAAAAUAAAAAAUAACUUGUUUGGUUGAUCGUCAAGUAAACACGUAAAUCCAUCUAUCAGUAAAUCAUCGCAGAAAUAAAGCACAAGUAGAUAUCUCAUCAUAUCCAUGUUAUGCUGCUGUUGUUGUUGUUGUUAUGUUGAUGUUGUUGUUUUAGCCCCAAAACCUGCCUU